CUCCUUCGUCUUCACUGUGCGCCUCCUCGCUCAGUCAUAAACGGACGCUUACUCCGUGCGUAAAAGCUGCUCAGCCUCUUGAUAAACGAGUCAAAGUAUUCCCGGAGAUGCGUUUUUAAUUGCUUGCUGAUUCAAAGCGACCUGAGCUUUACUGUGGCUAUUAUUCCUUCCCAAAAGUGUUUUGUGUGUGUGUGUGUGUGGCGCUGUUCCAAACGUGCACCGAUGCCCCCCCGCACGAGUCGACGCGGCGCGAGACCAGUCGACAACGUGCAAAGCGCAUGAAGACGAAUAAAGUGGGGAGUUGAUUGUCAGUGCUGGAUUUAACCGAAGGCAACAGCACGCAAGCAGCGACGCAGAUCCGCUCAAACUUAUGGCGUGAAGGGCCUGUGGCUGGCCUUCCUCACUCACAGCUAAUGGAUGUCUUUACCCACUAUGCCUUCAACGACACUUUCUAUGACAAUGCAACAUGGGGCUUCAACGAGACCGAUCGAGAGCAGAAGCACGCGUACAACUACUACGCCAUGCUGCUCACACUGCUCAUCUUCGUCAUCGUCUUCGGCAACGUGCUCGUAUGCAUGGCCGUGUCAAGGGAAAAAGCCCUGCAGACCACCACCAACUACCUGAUCGUCAGCCUGGCCGUCGCUGACCUUCUGGUGGCCACGCUGGUCAUGCCCUGGGUCGUCUACUUGGAGGUCGUAGGGGAGUGGCGAUUUAGCAAGAUCCACUGUGACAUCUUUGUCACUCUAGACGUGAUGAUGUGUACAGCCAGCAUCCUCAAUCUGUGUGCCAUCAGCAUUGAUCGUUACACAGCGGUUGCAAUGCCGAUGCUGUACAACACCCGCUACAGUUCAAGAAGAAGGGUGACUAUUAUGAUCUCCGUGGUGUGGGUGCUGUCUUUCGCCAUAUCCUGCCCUCUCCUGUUUGGGCUCAAUAACACAGCAACUCGGGAAGCAUCUUUGUGUGUGAUCGCCAAUCCCGCCUUUGUGGUGUACUCCUCCAUCGUGUCCUUCUAUGUUCCCUUCAUCAUCACCCUGCUGGUUUAUGUGCAAAUCUACGUGGUCCUGAGGAAGCGCAGGAAGCGUGUAAACACCAAACCCAAGCAACGCCUGUGUCAGGCCGCCGUCCCCGAUGUGGCCACAUCACUCAAGGAUAAGUGCACUCAUCCAGAAGACGUUAGGUUGUGCACGGUGAUUGUCAAGUCAAAUGGGAGUUUUCCUGCCAACAAGAAGAAGGUGGUAUUUAUUAAAGACGUUGCCAAAAAGGGCGAGGAUCUGGAACUGGACGAGCUCAACAGCGGAAGCAGCAGCCAUAAACAGAAGCCCCAAUCCACCAUUGGAGACACACCGGCCACCAGCCAUCAGCUGCUGAUGCCCGGCAAGGCCACUGCGAGCCCCACAUCCUCGCCCCCGACACCUCCCGAGGAGAGCCAGAGAGUGGAGAAGAAUGGAGACCCUGGCAAGGAGGCCCCGGGAGAUCCGACGCAAAUGGUGGCCAGAGUCUUCCAGACGCAGACGUUGCCAAACGGCAAGACGCAGACAUCUUUGAAAAGCAUGAGCAGGAGGAAAAUCUCCCAGCAGAAGGAGAAGAAGGCCACGCAAAUGUUAGCCAUCGUUCUUGGUGUAUUUAUCAUAUGCUGGCUGCCAUUUUUCAUUACACACAUCUUGAACACCCACUGCACAAAGUGCAAGGUUCCCGCCGAGAUGUACAAUGCCUUCACAUGGCUGGGAUAUGUCAAUAGUGCCGUGAAUCCCAUCAUCUACACCACCUUUAACGUCGAGUUCCGAAAGGCAUUCAUAAAGAUUUUGCACUGCUGAACUGCAACAUGGCUUUUUAGAUCGAUGGAUGAACGCAAGCGUGUUGCCGGGCAAAUACCUCCAAAAUGCACCACAGGGGGUAAUUGAGAAUUAAUUUUCUUAGUCAGCAAGCUAAGUGACUGAAAAGGAGACUUUAUUUGAAAGGUUCUUCAUGUGAAUUGUUCGAGGAGUGCUUUUUUUCUCUCCAAAACUCUGAAUGUAAAACAAGAAAUGUCUGUAACAAUGGCUUGUUUGGCAAAGACAAAAAGAAAAUCAUUGUGCUUGUCACUGUGUACUGUAUACACUGCACACAUGAAAACUGCUAUUUAUUGUGUGUAUUUCUUGUUUCUAAAAUGGAAAAUAUAUGUAUACUAAUAUAUAUAUAUAUAUA